AUGGAUGAAAAAAUUAUUUGUCUUUGCGAGGGAUAUGAUUUAAAUCCCUUGGUUCAGGCGCUAUCGACGCUGAAACAUCAAAAGGUGAGCUUUCAGUUGUUCCAUUCGAUUCGCUCGAGAUGCCAAUGGGUGAAACGUGAUUUUACGUUAUCAAGGUUAUGAUAUCUAAAUUGAUAUUUAGUUAGGAUGGGAAAGUUUGGUAAAAUUUCCACACAGCCCCAUACUAUUGUAAAACAAAUCUGUUUUCUCAAUGGCGACGUACUGUUUUUGUCAUUGUUUUCCCUAUCCAUGAACUGAAGGCAUAAUGUAGUAUGGGGCUGUGCGGAAAUCUUACCAACUGGGGUACUUGCUUGUUUAUGGUUUGGCAAGAUUUCUGCGCAGCCCCGUGCUUCAAUUUGCAUACAGCUCUUGAAUAACGAAAGCAGUGUCGAAAACAAUAGAUUGUCUUAUUUUCAGUAGCAACCACAUACUUCAACAUUUCAGCUUGAAUUUCAAUCCACUCAGUUGAAUUACUGUUUCUGUGAAUUCAUUGUCGCAUUGGUGACAUGAGCAGACCUUAUUCAGCCCUGUCAGUAGUAUGGGGUUAUGCGGAAAUAUUUCCAUUGGAUUUAGCAUUGCACUCUUAUUCAAGCUUUUAGGGCUCAUUAGCUUUGGUUGUUGACACUUUGCAUUCUUAAGAGUAUUCAUGAAGUUUUAGUUAUAUUUUACAGUGUUGCAUUAGGCAGGGCAAGAUGUGCAAGCUACUGACAGCUGCCCUGGAACGACUCACCCGUGAUGGAGCUGAAUGAUGUCUGCACAUGUCAGACAAGACCAUGAAUCCAUAGCAACAGUAUAUAUAAUGGUAUUGAAUUUAGUGGAGUGCAAUUUGUAUAGGUAUUUGUGUUGAUUCCACAGGUUGUAGACUUAUUAGAAGCCAGAGUGUUGGAGGGAAGGGGUGAACCAGUUCCUUAUCUUCAAGCUGUAUUCAAAGGUUCACCAUGUGACACUAAAAUUGGUUUGGAAAGACGUACAUUUGUGUUCAAGCAUGCCAUUCAAAUACUCAGUGAAGGUGACCUUAGUAACAAGGUAUUGCGUGAUAUUAUUCUGUAUGGAAUCCAUAACCUGUGCCUCCUUUUUUGUUUAAUUCCUUUGUAUUUAUGGUGACUUAAGAUGCAAUUGUCACCUGCUUGCAAUUCUAAUGAAGCACUUCUUGUUUACUUGUUUUAAAGAUUGUCUUUUAACUUUCAUUUAGAUCAGUAUAGUAUAUCCAAUUUCACAGUAGCAGAGUUCAAAAUGUGAUCUAUCCAAGUAACUGCUAUAGGUGUCUGAGAUACAUACACAAUUUUAUAAAUUAUAGAUUUAUUAUUUUACAUGUAUGGAAACUUCUAUGUAGCAGCUUGUAGUUUAUUUGAGUUAGUGAGGAAGUGAAACACAUAAUUCUCAAGUUUUAAUUAUUCAAUAGCCAGGACAAUCUUUCCUGUCAGUUCUUAUCAUUGUUUUUGAAUUGGAUAAAAAGUUACCAUAUGGACUGUGCUGCAAUUUAGAAAAUUAUACUUAAUAUCCAUGCCCUUUCUAACUUAUGUUUUCUUUGUAUAAACCUAUCAAUGUCAGAUGGCCACUGAAAUUGUUGGAUUUUUACUAAUGGAGGUAAGUAGAGUAGAUUUUCAACAGAGGUUAUUCAUUUAUUAGUUGUUCAUGCAAUAAUGAUUGUCAGAAUAAGUACAGUUUUGAAAAACACUGUAAGUUAUAUUUACAUUCAGGGGUGUGCCUUUGUUAUACAGCAACAAUUGUCAAUUUCAGCAUUCACAAUAUUGUUUUGCUAUAAAUGUAAAAAAUAACCAGGGUUAUAAGAUUCAUGUUCAUGUCAAAAAGGGCAUUGGAUGGUUUGAAAUAUUUCUUUGAGUGUGAGCUUUCAGCUUUCAAUGUGAAGCCUUAUUGCUUCAUACAGCUGAACCCAGGAUGAGCUUGGGCUGAAUGAGUAACCUGGCUUGAGAAUAUACUUUUCUUUUAUUUGCCUUCUAGCUGGAUGCCUUUCCUGGAAAAAUUCUUGCUGAACUUGCUGAUUUAUUUAUAAAUGCUAUUAAGACUGGUUCCUUCAAUAAUGGAAAGUAAGUAAGAAAUUUUUUUAGGUGCACAGGUCUCCAUGCAUUUACAAGUGGCUUAUUUUUGUCUACUAAUAGUCAAUGGGAGGCAACAAGUAUAACCAAAAAAAAACCAAACAAACCAAAAAACAACAUAACAACAAAACAAAACAAAGUAGCAAAAUGGAUGCAUUCAUUUGCAUUUUGAUGGAUUGUUUUGUGCAUUCAUUUUGUAUUACUGUAACAGCCCAAUUCAAAUAGCUUAUUUCAAUUUUCGCACUAUACAACCCAAGGUUAUUAAUUUAGAUAUACAUUUCUCUGAGCAUACCAUUUCAUUAAACAACAAACCUCACCACAAGGUUAUAGGGAUGAGACUUAGGAGGCUAUAGGUUUUAUUCCCAAGAGCCUUGCAGUUAUGUAAAUUAUUAUUAUGCAAUAUUUUAGAUGACUGAAUUCUGGCUUUUAUGAUAUUUGAUAAGUUUGCUAGACUUCUUGUAUGUUUCCUCUUCAUGUUAUUUAGCCACAUAUAGGGAUUAUUAUUAAUACCUUUGUUCUUAUCUUGUAUAGAACUUUGGAGCUAUUUCCAAAGGUGCUGUCUGCCGUUGCAGCUAAGGAUGUCAUUCCAAUGCCAGGAGGUACACUUAUGAUUAUUAUGAAGCAUAUACUCCUGACUUCACAUGAAAUUACUUAUCACACAUCACUGUCCAGAAAAAAACAAUUAGUUUCAAUUGUGGAGAUGUAAUUUUAGAAGAGUAGUAUUCUCUAAAUCCUCUAAGUUGUACAUUAGCUUUUAAAUUGAAGCUGUGGUCAGGCUAUAGUGUUAAUUGUAUCACUAUUUUUAUUUAAUUUGUAGUUUUGUAUAAAUUCUCACCUGCUGGCGUGUCACCAUAUGUGCAUGAUAUAAUAUUAACACUUUUUCAUGGUACCUAUGCUACCUUUAAGAAAAGAGGACACAACAUGUAUUCCUGGGUAUGAGCUCUCUCCUCCAUGUCUUUAUGGACCCAUUUGUGAUGGUGUAGUCUGAUCCUCUGGGUGAGUGUGGUCCUGUUAAGGACUGUUGUCAUUAUUAGUGACUGACAUUUCGACAAAUUAGGCAGAAGUCAUCACCAGAGUGAUAAUGACUGUGAUCAGGACCCUUCCUCUCAUCAUCAGAGUGAGAGCUCAGGUGGUCAAAACAUCAGCUACUACCAAUGACAGUCCUUUUCAGGGCUACACUCACCUGGAUGUUCAUACUACACUUUCACAUGUUGCCUCCAGGUUGAACCAUUAACCGAAGGAUCCAGUUAUGUUACUACCUCCAAGAAUCAUAAUUAUUAUAGUAACAGAUGAACAGCAGUUGGUGCAUUUUGCUUGUUUUAAUUCCUUGGUCAUUUCCAAGGUUUGGUUGACCAAAAAUCCAUUUGGCAAUGAAUUAAAUUUUAUUUUUGAUAAUAGAUUGUGGUGGUGAAAUGGCAGGUCAGGAAUAUAAAAGACAUCUUCUGAACACAUUGUGUUCUAGCAGGUAAAGAAUGACUGAGGCUUAAAUGAAACUACCUGUAUAGCAGAGAUGCGUCGUACUCAUAACAAGAUACACUAUAAAACAUGUAUAAAUGAAACAUGCUUGUAAACUACUCUUUGUUUAAACUGCAAAUUAUCUUGUGGUAAUAUUCAACUUUACUUGACUACCUUUUAUCACAAAAGGUGUGAUUUUUUAUUCUGUGGGAUGAUAUGCCCCAUACAAUGUUUAAGUGCUUUAGAUAUAAAUUUUUGGAGGUCUCUCCUGUUUUUCUGUGGCCUCAGUUGCUUACCAAAGCAAUUUGUGAAAUUGUCCACUGCAUAUCUUUAUUAUCACUCAGUAAAUAAAAAAAGACCUUCAGCCAUAAAUAAUACAUUCUAAGGUAUAUCAUUUUGGGCAAAAGAUCAAGAGGAGAAAACUCUGCAAACAAAAAUUGUUGUGUUACAACACAAAUAUUGAUAAGUAACUGUAAGAGAGAUGUUACAACACAGAGUAACAAGUAGCAAAAAAAAAAUCCAGAUGUUAAAAAGAUGAAAUAAAAAUUACUUAUACAAAUAAAAAUUACUUAUACAAAUAAAAAUUACUUAUACGAAUAAAAAUUACUUAUACAAAUAAAGGGGGAAGUAGUAACAAUUAAUGAUUAAAAUUAAUUAUGAAAAACAAACAUUAAAAUAGAUUAAGAAUUUUGAAUUUAAAAAAUAAAUAAAUUCAGUGUCUAGUAAAUGAAUAGGUCUACAAAAAAGGCCUUAAAGGUAUUUUUAGCUUCCCCAUUACUCUAAAGGUAUGACAUCAGAUAAUGAUGGGCUGAUACUUAGAGAUCAUUGCUAUGUCAGUCAUAGUUGCACACUGUGGGAUCAGUGACUUGGUGCAAACUGAUUUUAAAGGGGGUGGGGGUGCUUUUGGAGGGAACAAAAUGUAGGUUCAGGAAAAAUCUUAGCAAUAUCACUGGAACCGCUCAACCAAAUAUCAGAGGUCACUGAAUCCCUAAUCUACCAACAAUCUCCUUACAGUAGGGAGCUCUCAUUCCCUGAUUGACCAUCAAAUUGGUUACAAUUGGGAGCUCUUAGCAAAGCUUGUUGAAUUCAUAUUUGGCCAACAAACCUCUUUUGAUCUUUAGCUCCUACAACAGCUCAUUGACCAUCCAACUUACCGCACUAAGGAGCUCUUAUUAGAGCCUGUUGAUUCCCCUAUCAACUGACAAACUUCUUGCAUUUGGGAGAUGUUUUCAGAGCUCAUUGACUUUCCCCAUCAACAACAAACUUCUUGCAUGCAGGAGCGGUUAUCAGAGCUCAUUGACUUAUCAAUCACUAUGUCAAAAUACUGAACCAAGUCAAAAUACAACCCACUGGCCUUUACAGUUCAAAAAUAGCAUAAAAUGCCUGUUAGGAAGGUAGACAAUGACCACAAGGUAAUUUAACUUGUGCUUUUCCAUAGGAAGCCAGAGUAAUAACUGGAUCCAAAAUAUACACUUUGAAUAAAAUCACAUCCAUUCUCUUGAAUGAUUGGCUAUUUUCUCAAUUUUCAUGUCUUUUGGUCUCUUGUUUCAGAUGGGACCCACAAUGUGCUAUUCAUCUGGCUGCUGUUUUCAGGUUAAUUGAGAUUUUUUGCUUUCUUGUGGCUAUUUCUAUACCAAACUUCAAUAUUUUGUUUUUGCAUUUAAAUUAAGUUAAUCUAUGAAUGUUAAAAUUGUUCAGCUCUCAGUAAUUUAUAUACCUAAUACACAGUGAUUGAUACUCCAAAUGUGAUAAAUUUAGAAAACUGUAGAUGAGGGUGUCAUCACCGUUUAAGUAGAAAAAAAGGCAAUAAUUCAUUUAACAUAAUUAUUAGACAUCAAACGUUAGAUAAAGAGUUCAUGUGUUUACAGGGAUGUGCCAAUGACAUCAGAUGAACUACAUUUUGUAAUGGAGAAGAUAGUGAGGUGAGAACUGGAGCCUGUUCAUACUCAUUUUCUUAGCCCAGUACAGCCAUGUUGCUGCAUGUUGCUGUUAUUAUCCUUUUUUUUUUAUAAAACUAAUAAAGAUGAACACUAAGGAAAUUUAUUUACUAGUGAAUAAAACAUGAGCUCUUCAAAUGUAUUCUAAAAAUAUUGGGUUUUGUAGUAAGGGCACAAUAAGACUCGAAAGGAAGGGGAUUAUUUGCUGAUUUAUUAUAAUUUCAGUUUUAUGAGAGUUUUUGAAAAAAAAUUUGAAAAAAACAUGUAACCUCUCAGCACUAUUGCCGUAUUGCAAACAUCUUUGACUUGUUACAUUAUAUGAUCAAUAAUAUUUUUAUUCUUUAAUUUCUAGAGCCAUGAAAGACCUUGACCUUCAAGAAUUACCUCCAUUGGUGUAUCAGUUACUGCUACUUUCUACAAAGGUAUUUCAGUCUUGUUUACAUCAAAGCAUUUUUCUGUUAAAAGGUCUAGUUAUUGAUACAAUUUCAUGUGUAUUUUGUAGGGUCACAAAAAACUUCUUUUGGAAGGAGUAACAUCAUUUUUCAACAACUUAGAUGAAACAUGUCGCAAGGAGGACAAAGAGGAUAGGUAUGCUGUUUUUUUUGUUUUUUUUUGGUACAAUUGAGGAGAUUUUUGGUGUAAAGAUGCAGCUUUUCAACCAUAUGUUUUAAGAAAUAGAAGAUAUAAUCAACCUCAUGGGGAUGCUAUCUCCAAACUGUGGGUUGAAUGAAGCUCCCCUCUCUUUGCAUGGGUGUCUAAAACCAACCUGGACGGGAGUCUAAGGCUAAUCCUAACCUUUACCUUUUACACUUAAAACAAUCACCAAUUCUUAACUAAUGGGCUGUAUUUUCCUUGAUCUCCAUUGACCUUUUACACCCUAACAUCAGUAUGCAUAUUCUCCAUACUCUUCUCUGGCUGUUUUAUAAUCUGCAAACUUCAACUUGGUGUGUAAUCCAAAUAUGGAAAACUGGUCACAUGAUAUUGGGUAUAAGAAAACCCAAACUGGAAGAUCUAAAAGCACUCACCAGGAGCAUUUGUCUAACAAUCAAAGCUUCUUAGGUUAGUGAUCACCUCCUUUAUUCAGGUAACCUCCAUGUUUGACUCAGGAGUGUGACUGAAAGGAGAGAGAUUAUGCUAGUCUCUCUUAGGUGUCAAAAGGUUAAUAUGCUCUGUGUUUGGACUUAUAGCUCAGAGGUUCAGACGUUGUCUAAGGAUCAGCUGAGGCAUAUGGAAGGAACUGUGAUCCUUCAUAUUACAUUUGCUGUGAAACAGGAUCAAGACUUGGGAAAGGAGUUUAUAAAAUAUUUAAAGGUAUUCAGCAGUUCUUCUUGAGCAAAUGGGUUCCAUAAAGGUUUACCUCUAUUCUUCUUUACUGUUUUUGUUUUCCUUUUUUUCUGAGAUAUUUUAAAUACUGCUAGUUGUCAUUAGGAUUUUAAUGGACUCAGAUCAGACUCAAAUUUUUUGUUUAUCUCUUUUUCUGUCCUUGCUGUCAUGAAGAAUCUUUAGUAUGUGUUCACCUUCACAGAACCAUCCAUUGGUUAUUAACUUACAGAUACCAAAGAGUUGUCAUUAAACUUUGCAUUUGGAACAUUCCUGUGGACAAUGAUUUCUGACUUUUGAUGGAAAUUAGACUUAAUUGUCAAGAAAUUAUCCAGAUGCUAUCUAAAAUUUAUUUUCAAAAAAAUUUACACAUAAUCAUUGAUUUAGUGACAAUGAACAUUUGUUAUAAAAUCUUGCAUGCAAUUUUAGAGUAAACUAAUGCAUGAAAAAUAUAUACUGAAGUGCUCAUGACAUGAUCUAUUCUGCAGGUUCAUCAAAGCUCUUCAGGGAUGAUUUUGACACCUUUUAAUGUUGCAUUAGCUCUUUCCAUUGCACAGAUCCAUAGAUUUGAAGAAACGGUAAGUCUUGUUUGUGGAAUGUAAAUUGGCUACCACAGAGGGUUUAAAAGCUGAAAUUUUAAGUUGAUAAAACCAAAUUAUCUUGUUAUAUUCCCCAACUGAUGCAGCAGCACACUUUCUUUUAGAACUUACCCCCUUGGCUUAGUAUAUGGCAUGGCAUAACACUGUAGUGAUUUCUCUUAGUCUAAUUUUGAAGGAAAUGUUGCUGUGAAUUCAACUUUGGCUGGGGUCCAAACUCUUCAUAGGGAUUCACUCCAGAUUUUAUUUUGGUAGUUAAAGCAGUUGUAACUUGACAAACCAUUUUUUGAUCCAUCUGUCAGAUAUUUGACUUCCUGAAGGCUGCAGUGCUCAGAAGUUUCAAAGAUGAAGACAGAAGAAAGCAAUCCAAAUGGGCUAGAGGUAAUCUGAUUUAGCUGUGGUAAGAGACAGAAAAAUUGUGGUAAAUUUGUUUUUAACUUAAACAAACUUACAGAACUACAUUUUUGAAUGAAUUUUAUCUUGUUAUUAACUGUUUCCCUGUAGAUGCCUGUAAUAGCACACAAGGUAACACUGUUUUGAGGUUUAACAUCUUGUAAAACUUGUUCACUGAACUGCAGCAGCUUGUCGUCUCUGUUCAUUACAACUUUUCAAUCAGUUUUAUUAACAUUUUGCUGAGUUCUCACCAGCCAAGUAAAAUUUUUAUCUGGCUGGAUACAGUACCAAAUUAGCAGUCUAAGCAUUCCAAAUAUGAGAAUUAAUUUUUAGCUCUAGCUUUUUGCCUCAGACAAAACAAGACUUUUAUUGGUUUGCUGAAAAUGUUCAUUUUUCGUUACAUAUUAGUCUGUUAAAUUUAUCGACCCAUCUCAGCCUAUCAAAUAAGUUAAUGCAAUUCUUUUUAAUAUGUGAUUUUUUUCUUCUUCCAAGAAAAUAUCCCAGCAUGCUCUUCAGUUCAGGAUCAAAUACUAGAAACAGUUCAGAACAGGUACAAAAUUAAUUAUGAUUUAAAUUGUCAUAAAAUUAAAUGUUAAAUGGUUAGUUCUGAGAUCACCAAUAUGAAACAAAUCCUGUACUCUGUUUGGCUACCAGUGUGGGUAAGAUGGGCCAAUGCUGCCUACUUGGGAUUGACCACUGCAAACCAACAAAAAGAUAAAGUGCUUUUAGCAGGUUUACAUACUUCUAUAAAUUUUAGACAAGAAAACACAACACUUUUGCAGCUGUAUUCAUUUGAGAACUUCAGAGUAACAAAAUAAAUACAAUGUCAGACAAUCAGAACAAGAAAAUGAAUCUUUGAUUGGUUUUGAGAAUUUGUUUUGCAUUUUGUGGUAUGUAACCUGUAUUACCAUACAAUAAAUAACUUUUUGGCAAUCCAGUCAUCUUGCCUAUAAUGCAAUUGCUUAGAUCUCUCUAUAUAUAAAUUUUACGUGCUACAGUUUGUUUGGAUGGGAUCAUGUCACUCAUGGAUUGGUGCAGCUGGGAUUUAUGCUAAUGGAUGCAUUUGGUCCUAAGACAUUCGGUAGGGUUUUUAUAUUUUGUUUUAAAAUUUGUGCAGUGAAAGAGAGUUUAUUAUUGGCUGGGACCUUUGUGACUCUUGAGAGCAGGACACAUUUCAACAGAUCCUUUAUUCCCACCUGUAAAGAAAUCGGUGGGGAAAAUUUUGUCACUUUUUACUGGAGAAUCUUUGCUGAUGCCUCUUUCCGAUGGACACCUCUCCUAAGCAGCUGUUGUCUUAGCCACUAAGAACUCACAUAAUGAUUUUAAUGUCUCUAACACUGACCCUUUUUGAAAUGAGAGGAUUUUGGUAGAUGUAGAUGUAGAUGUAUGGGUGUUGUCUGUAUCCAAGCUAUUCACAUGUUUACUGUAAAUGCAAAGUGUCCAAAAAAUGAUGCAGAUUGACUAACAAUGUAAAUUCAAGAUAUCCAAUUGCAUGAGAUUUCCAUUUUUGUGGUCAUUACAUUGACACACAUUGGUGUAUUUAUCUGGCUGCUAAGAUAAUGGUUGUACUUGAGCAAAGACCUUCUCUCCUCUUCCAGACUCAACAUCAUCACCAAUCCUCUCUCCAACCCAACACUCCUGCAAGCUUGGAUCUUCAGUUCUGCUUGAUACUUUUAAGGUAGUAGUAAGGACUUUUUGUCAGCUAGGGUUAAUAUCAAAUGUGGUUUGGGAACUUACAGUGAUUCCUUAACAAUAUCUCAAUUGAUCACUUGCUAAGGAGCUCUUAAAGAGCCAGACUAAACAUUGAAAUGAUCUGUGGAGCAUUCAGUAUUGAAAAAUCUUAACAGGCCAGGGAGUGGUUGUUUGAACAGAGGUGAUCUAGCACUAUGUUAUAAUAACACAAUACAUGAUACUUUAAAUUUAAAGCUUUACCGUGGACAGUAUUGAGAAACAUUUUAAUAUGUUUUAACAAAUCAACAUUUAAGUAUUUAAAUCAGCUUUCUAAUUUAGGACUAGAAAAAAUAUCUUAUCUUACUGUAACACCAAAAUUAUAUUUACUUAUUGAUAAUUAACAUUAAAAGUAUAGCAGUACAGAGAGAAAUAAAUGGAAUUAUUGGAAUUAAAGAGUUUUGAGGAAUUACAUCUUAUAGCAUGUGGAUUUUCUUUUUUCAGGCCCAUGAGAUGGUUCGUUCUGAAAUACUUCAGCAAAUUCUUAACAGAGUGAUUACCAGGGCAACAACUCCUGUUCAUCAUUACAUUGGUAUGUUGGAAUUACUCUGUUUACCAAUCAACAACAGAAAGCAUAACUACUGUAUUGUCAGCUUUGUAAAUUGCAUAAUGUACGAUUUGCUUUGGAAAAUAAAUGAAUUAAAAAUAUUCCUUUGGGUAGAAAAUGAAUUAUUUCCCCAGCAUACCUUGUUAAAUCAAGUUAUAAUUUUGGAACUUUGAAGUUCUAAAAUAUUGGUGAUGUUACCCUCAAAUUUGAUUUGAUUUCAAUCUAUGCUCAUUUUGUAGAACUGUUGGCCAGCACAGUGUCUUCAGCACCACAUGUGCUACUAGAAUUAUUACCAAGGGUAAGUUGUUAAUUUUUCUCGGUGCACUUAUGAGAGCUUAAGGAAAAAUGUACUAAAGCAUGUCUAAACCAUCUGUCAAGUUUUUACAGGGCACUUUUCAGUUUUGGCAUAAUUUUAUUAAAUUUUUUUUUCCUAGUUUACAUGAAGAAAGAGUUGAUUGCAAAGAAAAAGUAAAAUCAUUGUAGGAAGAUUAAAGGAAAUAUACAGGCUGUGUAUUGUUAUGGCUCAUCAGUCUAAUUUUUGGUUCAGAUUUUUUUUCAUGUGUGUCAAACUUUUUGUCAUUCAUUAUGAUACCCUGUCUUGUAAAACUUAACUUUGAACUAAAAGUGAAAUAAAACCACAAAAGUAUUAUAACAACCAUUAAAUGUUCAUUUCUUCGUUGGGCAGGUCAAGGAGGCUUUAGACUAUUUGUCAUUCUUACCUCCAAAGUCAGCAGAGGGUUUUUUGAAAGCUAUCCAGGUGCUGUUAGGUUGUGUUUUAUUGUUUCUUUUUUGCUGUUUUGUGGCUUAAAUUAUAUUUAUUGUUUAUAGUUUUUGGACAAUUAAUCAUAAAUUGUUUUUUUUCUAUUUUGAACAGCCCCUUUUGAAGAUCAGUUUGACUUUGAGGGACUCUCUCAUGGUUGUGCUACGUAAAGCAAUGUUCUCAAGGUAAUCAUGAAUAUUGUGGAAAUGAUUAUGUUUUCAGAUUUAUAAAGUUCUCUCUAGAAAUGUAUUUGCAACGCAAAUGAUGCAUGUAGGUAAUGAAGAACUCUACUGUAAAUACUAGGAACCUCAGUAACUGAUAAUGGCUUCUACAUGGACACCCUGCAUAUUGCUUUGUUGAUUGAUGUAGAGUAAUAUAUUUAAUAUUCACAGCUUGUACUUCAAUAUUGUAUUUAACCAAAGUUUUUUUUUUCCUUUGCAUGGAAAAAUGCUGCUCUAACCAUGUACAACCAUUCAGUUGUAAGUUGACUCUGCCAGUAACAGUAUUGUUUAUUUUUUCUGAAGACAGGUGGAUGCACGUAAGAUUGCUGUAGCAGGAUUUCUCUUGAUCCUUAAAAAUUUUAAGGUACAGUUUAUAUUGUAGGCCUUACAUGUAAUAUGCUCUUUUCUGUAAAAGGGAGGUAUGUAAGGAAGGCCUUAAUAAUUCCAGUGUUCAAUUUUGGCAUCUGAAAUUCAGUGUCAUGAAAAAAGAAAUGCCCAGCAAUUUUUUUCUGAUCCUUUUGUUCCACUACAUUCAUCAGGUGUAAUAAUUUUUGCACAAUUUUCCUCUGAAAGUGAAGCAAAGCAAUUAAUACUGUAAUGGUUGUAAAUCUCAUAUAAGGGUACAUAUGAGGGUAUAUUUAAGGAAAAUUGACUGAGUAAUUCAAAGAAGGAAACUGGUAGAAAAUUCACCUCCUUGAAUGGUUUUGCUCCAAGGUCUUUCUCCAUCUUUCAUGAGAUAUUGUGGACUUGUUUUAAAAGGUUUUUUUCAAUCUUUUGGUUUGUUUGCACUUUAUUUCAGAUUUUAGGGGGAGGUAUCACGUCAAGUCAGCCUGCAAGUCAGCCAAGUCAGCCAUCACAUUCCAGUCAAAUUCAAGUAGAUGUUCAUGUUCGGGGUGGUAACAUGGGAAAUGAAGCACUUUGUUUGGAGAUAUUAGGUAAAUUUCAGAAAAGAACAAUCCUUUAGUUUUUUCCCUAAAUGAACAGUAACUUAACUGAGAUUCCAUGUUGUCUAUGUAUGGUAGUAUGGAUGAAUCUCAAACUUCCCUCUUUCUGCUUUAUGGCCCUUUAAAUGAUAUACUUUUAUGGUGAUGGGGCUGCAAGCUAAACUUUUCCAUGUCACUAUUUGACAACCUAAAAUGAUCAAAUGGUUGCCCAAAAUAGAAUUUUGGUUGCUAGGGGAAAAAAAGCAGUUUCAGUGAAAAAGAUGUCAUAACAUUUAUGCAGAUGUUUUUCCAUGUUUUUAAUUAAUAAUUGCCGAUCAAUACAAAGUGUUAACUAUGUUACAGCUUCCUAAAUGACCACCAAAUGCAUGUCUCCAAUUGGGCAAUUACCUAGCGGCUGUGUCAUGUAGAGUCUUCCUUGUAGAUGAGGUUGGAAUUAUAGAUAACCUUUGCAUCUGCUGAAAGCUAUGCAUGUACAUGUGUUUUGUAUGUAGGGAACCUACGAAGAUGUCUCACUCAGCAAGCUGAUGUAAGAGUGCAGCUUUAUGAGGUGAGGAUAACCAGUGCUUCAUAGCAGACUGUAACAAUUUGGAGAUCGUAUUUAUUACUCAGUCAUUCUUAAUUUGUUUGUCAAUCAUAACCAAAUGCCAUAUUUUAAAAUCAUGUGAUGGAGAAUUGUUUUUACUCACAGUUCAAAAAUUAAAGAUUCUGUGAGUUCAUGUAAAAAAUGAAAUGUCUCAAGAAAAAGUAGUACAGACAGCCAAAAAGACUUGAAGUUUUGAAAUAAAAAUGUUAAAAAUUCAAUAUUUGCACAUAUUUUCAAUUGCUAUAAAUGAAUCGAUUUUGAUGUUAUUACAUGUAAGACAGUCUUGCAUGCUUGUGGAGUUUCAAGUCAUAAAUGUAAUUGUCAACCAGAUUUUAAUUGAAAUACUUACAUGUAGUAUGUAAAUUUCAUUUACUUGGAGGCUGUCUCAUUACAAUGACUCCGUAGAUACCACAUACCAGCACUUAGAGAAUUGCAGCUUAAAUAAAAGUUGCAGGAAAUUCAGGUUGUUUACUAUUAAGCCAUUGCCUGCAGCCACCAGGUCCACUUAAGCAUUAGAAGACUUUUUUGGUGUUUAUAUGUAGCUGCACAUAAAUAAGUGAGGGUUUGGGAGAAUUUGAGAAAGUUAUGUAAACCUGAGAAAGUGCAGGCGUGGGUUUGCACAUUUUUCAAGAAUCCUUUCAAGCUGCAAGUGCUUAGAUGAGGCUAUGUAAACACAGAAAAAUGUGUUGUAUUGCUUUUGUAACUAUUUCUCAAAAUGCUCUCAUCUAAACACCUACCUAGGAGAGUGUGCCGACUAUCUUAAAACUUUUAUAAUUAUACUUUAUUUGUUCAUUCAUUCUCUUGCUUUUUUAGGGGCUCUUCCAUGUAUUAUGUAGGAACCCUCAGUUACAACAACCAAUUCUAGAUAUGUUAAGCAACCAGGUAACAUGCAAGUUGUUUCAUGAUACUAUUCCUAUUCAGUAAAGAUAAUAGUGGGCAGAAUUGGAGUGAAAUAUUUGCACUCCUAUGUAGUUAACCCAAAUAUUAUUUGCUCAUUGUCGCAGUUCCAAAAAUAUUUGGAGUCCGAUGAAACAGUUAAUCCUCCAGUCAAAUUAGAGCCUUGUUUAUCUGCUGCGGGGGAUCAGAUUUACCUUACAGAGCCACUGGUUGGUAACUCCUAAUAUUUCUGUCAUUUUUAAUUGUUUCCUAUUCCUCUCUCUGACUUGUUUGGUUCCGAAUUUUUGUUUAAGUUAUGUAAAAAGAUCUGUUGUUAAAUUUUAGGCUCACCUACUGUGUUACUUACUGCACUCAAUGGGAAAAUGUAUUGAAAGUCACAAUGAGGAUGAAAAUGAUGAGAAGGGUAUGUAAGUGUUACUAAUUAAGCUGUUUCUCUAAAACUAGAAAGGAGUUACAUGUGUUUGAAGGUGCAUGAAUGUGUUGUGAUUAGUUACUUUAACUAGAAUUGCGAGGGCAAUUUCUGCAUGUUUACUUUUCUCUUGGCUGCUGGUGGAACUAGAACAUUUUUUGUCAAAAGAUCAUGUUUCCUGAAAUUUGUUUGCAAAACAGUAAUAUUCAAAUUACUCUUGCAGAUCUUAGAGGUUUCUAAAUGAAUAAAGCUGCCUGUUGCACUUGCAAAUGAGAUUUAAAGAAGCUUUGUUUGGUAUUUCAGAAUCAAUGGAACACAUCCUAAAUGAACUAGAGGAUUUAUUCCAGUCUCUUGUUCGCAGGAUGAACAAAUCAGAGAUGGAAGACUUUGAACUGGUAAAGUAAUGAUUAUUAGAAAUGGAAUAUUUCUGUUAUCUGAAGUCCCUACAUUUUGUUUUAAUAAUCUUUCUAUGCUAUCUACAUGCCGAGAAAAGAAUACAAGAAUUAAAACAUGAAAUGCGUUGAAAAAAAAAAUAUAUAUAUAUUUAUUAAAAUUCUAAAUUUUAUUUCAUUGACUAGUAUUUCUUGUACCUUUUACAGGAUAAGUCUGCUGACUUUUCUCUUGUCUCAAGUGUUGGUAUAAAGAAUAACAUUCUCGCUCUUCUAGUUCUUGGAGUUUAUGAGGUAUGUGUAUUGCAUUCUUAGUAUCAUGUCAACACUGUCUGGUGAUAGUUGAAUUUUCCCAGUUAGGUGAGAUUUUAUCCUUGUGAAUAAGUGUAGUUUUGUUGUGUUAAAUACGAUCAGUAUUGUCAUUUAAUUAACUUUCUAUUUUCUUUGUUUAUGAGAUUUUUUGUGGGAGUCAGUCAUGGGAAGAAAGGGGUUUGAUGUUUAAAGGGCUGAUUCUUCACAUCCAAAUGAUAUUUCUUUAGUUAAUAAGUAGAGUGAUGGUUCUUGGCUUGGAAUCUAGUGUAAUUCAUCCUAUAUGAUGAACAAAUCAAGAAAGAAACAAGUGAUUUACUUAUAUGUUGACUGGAAGAUUUACACAAAUUCUUCCAAAUCAAAUCAAAAUGUGCUCAUUGACAGAAAUAGUGCAGUCAUAUGAGUUGGUCACUUACAGAACAAAUUACUGAACAUGGGAAACAACCAACCAACAAUCAGACAAACAGAGAAAUGUUAUGUAUGCCAAGGUUGCAAAAUUAAUAUACCUUUUAUUAAAAGUUGGAAUAAUGUGGGGUGAAAGAAAGCAAAAUUAUUACAAGUGCAUCAAAACAAUGGUACUGUACAUGUUUAAUAUUAUAAUUGUGUUAAACCCAAAAAUAUCUGUCUCCUUCCCCUAUUAGGAAUGUAUAAAAGUAUGGAAUUAUAUCUUUUUAUAAUACUUUAGAUUUUUUUUUGUCUAGAUUUUGCUAGAGUACAGUUUCUCAGAAGGAGAGCUAAGGUAAGUUCAUUAAGUAAAUUUUGAAUUUCACAUAGCUCUUGGCAUAUUAAGAAAAGAAGCAGAUAAAUGUUCCAAUAAUAUAUACUUGUGAGAAUUCUGUGACAUGGUAUGAAGACUCUGAUAAUGUUUUUUUUUGCCCAAAGGUCUCAAUUUCUGUUUCCCUUGCUGCUCUGUCUCAAACACGCUCAGUUACCUACAGAUCAGCUUAAAAGUUCCUUUUGUUUAUCUUAUCUAGUGGGGAAUCAGUGGAUGAGAUUCUACAAUUAUUUGGAAAUUACCACCAGCUUUCAGAGAUACUAAAGGAAAAAUCAAACUCUGCUGGUAAGUUUUUUUUUUUACACCAGAACUAAGAAAAAGUUCAUUUUCUCCUUUUUUGUGCUCACAUGUAUGGGAUAUAUAUAUAUAUGCAUGUGGAAAUGAAAUUAAAUGAGUGAGAAACAAUAAAUUAAUGAACAACAUUUUAUGAUUCUUGAUGGAAACCACUGAUGCAAGGCACUGUCAUCUAGAGUUACCCACUUGCUUAGUUCAUGAUUUGUGUUACAAUAUUUUUGACAUGGGUAAAAAGUAUUGUAACAAAAAAUAAUAGAAAAAUAGGAGAGUAAGAUUUCAAGCAAUUUGUUUGUUUAUCUCAACUAAUGAUAUUGUUUGUGUUUUGUCACGCUAAAUGUCUGCCAGUUUGAUAUGGUUUGAUGCUACUCUGGUUUACAGAUUUAAUGAAUGCAACCGAAGAAGUUACAAUUCUUAGACCCAACGUUUUAACACUCCUGUCUAGUGCAUUCAUCAGGGGUGAGCUAAAUGCUGUGACAAGAGGUCCUUUAAAUGAUCACUAAUUAGUGGCCUUUUUUCUGACGAGGUGUAAAUAAGCAUCAGGAAACAAACCGCCAUCUGCCAGUUUUUUGUUUCUUGAGCCCUUUCCCUUGCCCCAAACAUUUCACCUAACUUGUGUUUUGAGAUAAUAUGUGUUCUGGUGUUAAUUCAAGGAAAGAAAGGCCGCUCUGCAGCUGUUAAACAGGGAGUUAAAAGUAUGCUUUCACUGGAAUGUUCUGCAUCUUUGUUGAGAGCAUUUUUCAGGUAAUGCAUUUUUCACAUCUUGUUUUCAAACAGUGUCUUUGUAGUGAAGUGAUAAGCUACAUUGUAGUCAUGCACAUAGUGGCAUAGUUGCACACACAAUUAUCACUCAUUUAGAGAAAUCAUUAUAAAAAUGCAGCAAGUUAAAUUAGUUUGGUCAUGGUUACUAAAUGAAGAUGGAAGUUCAUAUUGAAAGAGUAUGAAAGGAAAUGAUUACUUCUAAAGCUAAUCAUUUGUUUUUCUUUGUGGUUUGUUUAAAUUUAUCACCACCUGUAUUAGUCAUACUUGUCUUAAUUGUAGAGGUGUCUGUGUUGAUAUAAUAUUUGUAAUAUUUUAGUGACAGAGCUCCAAGUCAUCAACAAAGUCUAGCUACGCUAAGAGGCUUGAAAGAACUGGUGAAGUAUGCUGUUAAUACAGCUAUUCAAAAACUCAAAGAGGUAUUAAAUAAACUAACUGAAUGGCUACAAUGUAUCCAUGUUGUAUAUAUGAAUUGGCAGUGUACCUGAUUGGAGAGGCAAAUUGGAGGGCUCAGAGCAAGAACGAUCCCUUGAUUUUUCGGCCAUUUUUGAAAGUGUUCAGAAGUAGUUGAAUUUUGGCAUGUGGACAUGUGAAAAAUCAAGGGAUCGUUCUUGCUCUGAGCCCUCCAAUUCUUAUUCUGCUUUCAAAAUAAUUUGUUUGUACAAGAGGUAAAUGGAUAAAUACUUAAUUAUUUGAUACCAUGUAACACCAGUCAGUAUCAUUGCAUACCUUAAGGGAAUUGCUUCAAGUUUAUACUUACAGAUAAAGGAAAGAAUGACAGCCAAGACCAAGUGUAUCUUGUGCAGUGGUGUUGAGCUGUGUGGUUAACCUUGAGUUUUAAAAAUGCGAUGAUUAACAUAUAACAUUGUAAGGAAGAUUCUCAGUGUGGUGUCAAGAUGUAUAUCUCAUGACUACCACCUUUGAAAUGGACUAAUCUGCUUUAAAUAUAGACUAGAAUUCCUCAGAGUAGUAGGUUGCAAACAUGAAGUAGUAGGUUGCAAACAUUGGACAUUUUGGUGUGUAGUAUUGCAAGGUAUUUUUAAGAGUUGUACUGGGGUAUUUUGACAAGCCUGUUGGGCAAUUCAAAAUACAGACAGAAAUAAAAUACUCAAAGGUACUACACUCUUCAACAUCUGAUAAGUUACUUAUUAUCAAAUUGCUUUAUUUUACAUGCAUUUCUUAUAAGGUGCAUGGGAAAAGCAAACCAGACAGAAGCAUAGCAUGUACGGGUGACUAGUUAAACAGGUUUAUUUACAAUACAAAAAAACCAACGGUACAAUAUUGCAGGUUAUUUGUACUCUAUUUGCUUAUUAUUUGUACUCUACUUUUUCAGUUGGAAAGUUAAAUGUGUUAUUUCUCCUAUGAAAAUUAUAUUCUUUUUUGGCUUAAUGCUUUCUCAGAUCAGUGAUGGUGGAUUUUGCUCAGGACCUGGUGGCUCUAACAAGGACACCAUUUACAAACACUGCUGUACCAUUGGAAGGUGUUUAAUGCUUUUGUUCAUGCAUAAACAAGUUAAAAAUAUUGUAGCACCAAUAAAAUCAAGUUGGGUAAAAAUGGAUUUGGUAUUUUUAAACACUAUGAUUCUUGACAGAUUGACAUUAUCACCCUGUUCCUUAGAAAAAGUACAGAAAAAGAAUUUUGAUUAGUUCUCAGCUUUUUUUUUCUUUUUGCACAAAUGAUUAACUUUUUCAAUAAUGAAUUCUAUUUAAAAUACUUCAGAGUAACAAUAUGAAAACCUUAAUGAAGAGAUUUAUCAUUCAAAAAAAUGCUGAUGCUCUUCCUCUGGAAUUAAUAAAUCACACCAGUUUAUAGUAGUACUCAAGUGGUGGUAUUUUAGUUUAGUGAGAACUCUUAGUAGGCCUGGAAAGGAAAAGCCAGUUAACAGAAAGUUAUGUUAUCUCACAAUGCAUUUUCUCCUGCAACACUUGCAAAGCUGAUCAAAGUUCCUAUAUUUAAAAGCACUUUCAUACACAAACAGUUCUGAUUAGGACAUAUUUUACUCUUUGUUAUCAUACAAUUUACUAAGGUAGUCACAAACAUCAGUCAUAAGAUGGGAGGAAGGAAAAUAUCUGGCACAAAUGCAGGAAUUAUGUGUAAUUUAUGUGUAAAAGUAGAAUGAAGUAGUUGAUUAUGUAUUGUUUUCUAGAGUUUUCUGGAAGCACCUUAAUGGGGACAGCUGCUUACAGGAAGAGCCAGAUAAGAAGGAGAAGGUACUAUAUCAUGAAUAGUAGAGUUUGUGGUUACAUACAAAAGAAAGGAGACUUUAAAUUUUAAAGUUACUGGUACGCUUAGUGUUGUCCCUUGUGAAUGAAUAAGAUGGCAAUUUUAAUUUCAUUGGUGAUAAGACAAAGGCCUUUGGAGCAAGUAAACAACAAGCCGUGUAACACAAUGCAAGUAAAUAAUGUAAAUCUGGUAGCUGCACAACAAAUGUCAAAUAAUAAUUGUCUGAGAGAGAGACUUUGCUAUGUUUUACAUGAGUACUGUAAGUGUGAUAUGCAUAGCUGACUACUUUAUCUCACUAUAUUCUUGGCUGAAUUGUUUUAGAUUUUCAACUGUUUAGUGAAUUAAUGAACAAGCCCUGCAUCAGCUUCUGUUUUUGUUUUUCAUUCUUCUUAGAGGGGCCUCAAUGAGUUGAAUUUCCAUUUUUUUUCCAUUUGGUCACUUGAACUGGGAAUUACCAAAAACAACAAUGGAGUUGGGUCCUGAAGUCUUGGAAAAAUUGGCCGAGAAAUUGGAGUUGGACAACAUUUAGGCCGACAAAUGGGAUUUGUGCUUCUCUCUCCUCAUUAGGACCCUCCUCACUUUAGUCAGUAAAUGGUUUCAAAACAUGAACUACUUAGUAAAUUUUUUAUGACAUUGUACAAACUAACUUCUUUCACCUUCUUAAACAGGGUAAAAAAAUCAAUAGUUUGUGUAUAGAGGGCUUCUGCUCAGUGGUUAAUAUCAUGUGCUGCAGGUUUUCCCAAAAGUUGCCUCAGUUCAUGAAUGCAAUAGGUGAGCCUGUAAGCUAUAGAUACUAUUGUUCCUCAAUGUGCACCUGUAUUACAUGGUUGUAGGUGAAUUCACAUCAAUUGAUUCAAGAAAAUAAUUGUGUGCGAAUAUGCCACUUGAAAAAGGUUAAAAUCUUUUCCUUUGUGCUUAGUUGACUUUCCACUCAUUGUUAUUCUGAUCUGUCAUGAUCAGAGCACUUUCUUUGAUUAAUGUGAUUCCAAUCAAUAAAUGUUCUACCUUGUGCCAGAUCAAUGGAUAAAAACAGAGAUAGUAUGGUUCCAUAUGGUUAGUGCUUUAUUCAUACUUCAGACAAAUUUUUCUGUUACAUGUAUCUUUUUUUUUGCUUAGAUUCAACUCAGGAUGGCAGUGGUGGUGCAUUAGAUGAUACAACAGAUCAAGAAGCAAUUUAUGUACAGAUAAAGAAAUUUCAGGUUUGUAUCAUCUUAUUUUAAUGUUUUUUUGUCUGUGACACGGGAGAGUCAAAUAUUUGUCAGUAUUUUGUCUUCCCGGUGCACCAUUUUUGCCAUGUCUUUUGAAUUUGUAUAUUUCAUCAAUGUUUACCAUCCUUCCAGUGACUGAUGGUGAAUUAUUAUAGACUGUGUCAAAAUACCCGUAAGCAACCAUAUUGUGUGAUACAGAUGAAGGUUAAUUUUUGCACAGAUUUUCAUGCUGUAUGCAUGAUGUACAUGUAGUUGUGUGCAUUUGCAAUAUUGAAUGUUGUAUUUAUCAUACUCAAAUUGUUGCUGUCUUGUGAAUAAAUAUUUGAGAAAUUUAACUCAUUCAUAAAAUCAAUUACAAAGUAAUUUUUUCUGUAAACUAAACUCUACUCCUUUUGAGCAAGUUUGCAGAAAGGUAUAUUUGGAGUACAAUAGUGUGAGAUUUUCAAGUCUUUUUUUUCUAGCGUUUGAUUGUCAGCAUCAUUUCCUCUCCUGAUGAGGACAAAGAAAUCAGUCUUAAGGAUAGUCAGUCACUAGUGAAUGUGAUUGCAAUGUUAGCACAUCAUUUGGAGCCAGAUGGACCACAGGUACUUUUUUUUUCUUUUAGAUAUGCACCUGUGUCUAUUAUGUUCAGUUAACCCUUUAAUUCUCAUAAGUGAUUAACAUGUAACUUCUCCCUAUCACAUCCUCACAUCCACACAUCCAGCCAAUGUCUAAUGAGAAUACUCAAACUUAUCAGGUAAAAGUUAGUAGUCUUGAUCUAACACCAAAUUCUCGUGACUUAUUUACAAGGAAAUGUGUAGCAGCUAGAGGGGAGAAUUAACAAUCAGAUCUUGGUAGUUAAAGGGUUUUUCAAAAGGGGUUUAUGUUAAUCUACAUGUAUUACUAAAAGUUAACCUUGGCUUAAUUUGAGGAGGGUGUAUAAAAGCCAUGGGACUUUUGGGGUUUUAUUUCAAUACAACUCAAAACUAUAAUGGAAACAACAAAAAAAAAAACAAGAAAAAUCCCAUUUCAGAGCUGUAAGACUAAAUUAGAAUUCUACACUAACUCUGGGUCACGUUAACUGUGUUUUGAACAACCCAACCCUGUUGACAAUUAUUUACCAAAUACCAAAUCUCUUUUCUGUAUUCUGCUACUUUCAUGAGCCAUUCAAUUUUAUUAAGAAUACAUCCUGAGUUCAUGCUUUCUUUUUGCAUCAUUGGGCUCCACUUUUUAGUUGUGAGUAUAGCUUUACAGACAAUAGUUAUAUGUCUUGUGGCAUUUUGCCGCUCUGUAGUUAAGUAAUAAAAGUGAUAACUUUACUCUAAGGGGGCACCUUACAAACCUGUAGAGGUUCGUAACUUUGGAGGGACUGUAAAUUCAUCGCCUUGCCACCCAUUAAAUGUUAUAGGGAAAUUAGUUACAGACCUUUUCAUUAUUAUUACUAAUUCAUUGAUUUUAUCACAAGAGCAGAGUACCUCUAUAAUAAUUUCCCCUAAAAUUUGUCAAUGAACUGAAGUUUUUUCCUUGAUACAGUUUCAUCAGUUGCACGCCUGGGUUCAAAUGAUUUGUGCGGAUAAUAAUGUUGGUAAGAGAAUUGAAGAACAUUUUUAUCCUAUAUUUCAAAUUUAUCAUUUACAAGAAAGUAAAAGUAUGUCUCAAUUGAGAAGUCAUUUGCACCUCAUAUGUCUAUAUAUCAUGGGCAUUUGGGAAGUUUCUCAUUCUGCUCUAAUUUUUUCUCCUUCCAGAUGAUCCCUCUCUCACUAAGUCUUUGGUGUCCCUGUUACACUCCAUAACAUUCCAAUCGAAAGCAAGUGCAGGACUGGUAAGGGCAUCAGCCAGAUUUAUGAUCAACUUUGUAAGCGUAUUCAACCCAUUCAUUUCCAUACCGACCCUGUUGAUUGGGUGAAGUUUUAUAUUCAUUGCCCCUCGGAGCUUCUAUAUUAACAAAUUUUCUAAAACAGUUAUUUGUUCCAAACUCCUUAGACUCGCUAUAUCUCUUUUCUUUCUAUAUUUUUACUUGAAAUUUUGAGUUAUGGGAAGUCAGCCAUAUGCUCCUGGACGACGAGAGGCUAAGUAAGAGUUGAGAGUCUUACAAAAGAACGCAACACAAUGACCUGGCUAGGGUCUAACCAGAGCCUUUCAACCCAGAGACCAGCACAGUAAUCACAAGUUUACAAUCCCCAUCCCCCGCCCCUCCCCAGACCAAUGAAAUAAUUCAUAUAUUAAUUUCACGCCACCCAAGUUAAAUGGCACUGUUCCAUGCAUUCUAGAUCUUCGAAUAGAGUACUACAAAUCUAUGUAUUGAUGCUCUAGGUCAUUGUGGAAACAAGUAACAACCUUCCUCUGUUAAGGGCAAAGCGUAUUAGCGUAGAUUAUGUCAGUUUUUAGAUUUAGGAGAACACUGCUCGUGGGCAGAAUUUAGUUUUUCCACACAUGAGAUAAUUGCUUCUUGGUUGCUUUAGGUGCGUGAUGUUGCCCAAGAUGUCCAUAGCCAGCUUGGAGAUGUAGAUGAAGUACGACGUUUGUACUCGUUACAGUGCGAAAGUAGUACUGAUAAAUCAAAACGUUUUGCUAAUCUUGUUCGCAUUAUUUUGGUUUGUGAACGAAACAGCUUUCAGUAGUCUUGAAGUGUUUUUCCAUUAAUUGUUGAUAAAUAUUGCGAGUAAAAAAGAAGAAACUAAAACAUGUAAGAAUAUUAAUACAGGUGCCUAUCCUCUUAGUUAGGGGCCUUCCUCUUAGAUAUAUUUUGUCCGGUCGUGCCGCUAAGAUAGAUUAUAUCUUUGGACGUUUAUGUGGUGUUGGAACUUAAAAUUAUUCGUAAGUUGUUUUAUCGCUCCUUUUUUUGUUAGGAAAUUGAAGUUGAAAACAGAACUCACUACGCGAUUAUUAACCCAAGAACUGCUGCACCUGCUGUUGCUGUAAGUCAGUUAUCAUUGUAAAUGUAUAAAUAUAUAGAUGUUAGUUUUUUUUCUAGUUGACUGAUGCUUUUCCCACCCUUUUCUCAAGCUUUCAAUUCAAUUUCGUAGUUUCUUCAUAAUCUUGUAACCACUGAUCCAAACACGAGUUAAAGAAAGUAAGAGAGGAGAUGGCCUUAUGAGGGCGAUCAUUCUGAUUCAAACAUACAAUAAAGAAAUAUGCAAAGAAAAUAAGCAUGCAAUAAGUUUUCAGAAAUGUUAGAAAACUUACUAUUUGAACACUCUGUACAUGUUUCUUUACAACACAUACUUUAUCUAUUACAGCUCCUUUUGGUAAAUCAAAUAGAAAAAAUUGUAGACGAAAUGGACUGGGCACUUGUAAAGGUCAAAGGUGACAUGACAGCAUCAGCAGCAGGACUGACGGGUGAGCAUUACGCUGAAACUGAGCAUUUCGACUGGAAAAAAAUGUGUAUAAGUGGGGCUUCUGAUGGCUUGUAGCUCAGGGUGCACCUUGUAAACCUAAUUGAGAUUUUAGAACAAUCCUUUGGGAUUUCCUUGCAGACAAUUACCUGAAUGUUACUUUAAGUUGGAAGGAAGUAAGGAAGUGUUUGGCCAACAGAGGUGGUUUCACCUACUUUGUGCCAGUUGUUACGUAGUGUGUACGGAAUGAAAAGAUGAUGACUGGCUUGACCUGAACUAGUUUAUCGAAAUCUUUAGAACUAUAUUCGGUGAGCUGUAUACAGUGGUACACGUUACAGUGACAUUUAAGUCUGGUAUGGUGCUAUGUUUACUUUUAAAUUCUCGCUCUCGGUGGUUUGUGCACCACUGGGAAAAUUACACCUCACGUAUUUUUCAAAUUCUCUCUUUAAUAUAUGGAAAUGGGUUUGAGAUAGUUAAGGUUAAUAAAGUUUUUCAUUUAAACCCUAUUUUGCAGAAGAAAAGGUGCCAGAUUCUCCCGACAGUUGCCCUCGUGGUAUGUUGGAGCAGGCAUUGUGCCAACGUCUUUGUACUGUUGUGUCUGCUCUCCACGAACUGUCACAGUCUGCUCUUCCAGAAGGUCCAUGUACUGAAGCAACACUGAAGGUUAUUUAUGGCAUACAGUAAAGCCUCAGUUUUUUUUUAGUAGCUACUUGCAUCUACCAUUUGUUUUGUCCGACGAACUAUGUCCUAUGUUACAUGCCCCUUGUCCUAUGUACUUGACAGAAGCUUGCUCGCUGUUUAAAAGACAUUAUUUGGUUGUAAAGUCUGUUAUUGAUAUAUGUAAUUUAACUGAAUAACUUUGUGAUCUAAGACAGUAUUGUAAGAGCUAAUAAGAAUACAAUUAGUAUAAAGAAUAUACCACAAAAUGUCUGUUGGCUACAUGUACUUUUUAUGACUUGAGGAUGGAAGCUUUAAUACUCGGUGUUACUUUAUAUCCGUUAUCAUAGGUGCUGACCAAAAUGUAUGUCACUCUUGGUUCUCUUACGAAACAUGUAAGUCUGAAACUUAUCAAUAUCUUUCGAACAUUACGUCAAAUGAAACAUAAUUUAGCUUUAGUAAGUAUCAAACAAAAGAAUUUGGCUAAGCCUGGAGCACAAAUUUCUGUACCUGGAAUCCAGUACGCUAAGCUCAGGAGGCCCAGGGUUGCCACGCCGUAAUUUUUUACUCUUUUUAUAAUCCACAAUGUACAUGAACGCACUGUCUUUUCUCACUUUUAUCAUUUUUGCUUUUCCCAUGAAAUAGUAUUUGUCGCUUUAUAAUCAAAGACUCGGUUACUUGCCUGCAAAGUUUGAAAAGUUGGUGAGUAAGAAGAUUGUUGUUGGUUUACGUUAAUGAAUAUUUGUCCAUGUGAACAUCAUAAGAGAAUGAAGCGGGAAGACAAAGUGUCCAUAAAUUGAGCUGCCUCUCUGUUACAUUAAAUGUUCUCUUACCAACGUUCAAUCUUUAUUAUAUGGCAACAGAAGUGUUUUUUUUUUCACUUACUGGCAAUAAAAAUUCAUUUUGUGUAUUGCGUCGUUUGAAACGUACCAGUAUGAAAAGUUGUUUUGGUAAAGAUGACGGAGAGUAUAUUUAAGAUAUGGAAUACCUGUAUUGAAAGGCUUAAGUGAUCUCACUUAAAGAAGAACUAUGUUUCAGAAGCAAAUAAUUAUUUAUUCCAGGCAUAACAAAGAAUAAAUAAAAUUAUGGUAUUGGUCGCCUUCUGUGAUUCUCAAGAGUAACCUUACCCAUCGAAAAUUGUCUUCGUAUGUAGGUAAAAUUCGACCGAAGACGCCGCUCUUUCAAACUGCUCAGCAACUUAGCUGCUUACUUGUGUCUUAUUCUUCUUUCGUUUCAUCGCGUCGCGAUCUUUUUGCAAAAUUAGGUGUUUCACAAGAAACCACUCUUGAGUUAGGUUAUCAUUUUUUCGGAAAAGAACCAAAGCAGCAGUUGUUCGAAAUUGCGCUUUGUGUUUUUGCAUACGCGGCCGGGUUACUGACUUAUUUUCGAAAUAAUGUAGUCCUCGAAUGAACUGUGUAUACUUUAUGACAAUUUUUCUAUACGGUAGGUUACUCUUGUGAGUUCAUCUUGAAGUUUAUUUUUGUGUGAUGAAAAUUACAUCUUCCAAGGUAUAUUUCUCUAAAAAAGGAGUUUCCAUUAACCUUAAUAAUUUUUUUCUCUAGUUCUCAGUAAUCCCUAACAGGUUUUCCGUAUUACUGCCACAACCAUGCUAAAAUUCAUAAACAUUCUUUUAAAAGGCCUCAAUUUCUUGAAGGAAAGGUGUUACAUUCGAACGUUCGGUGAGAUAAAGUGAUAUCUGUCCACAGGUUAAAAUGACGGGCACCCACUUGUCGCAGCAGGUGUAUGCUCUUCUGACGUAUAUCCAAGCCACACAAAGUCAAACUCUUUUGGAGAAGAGCACCAUUACAAAAAGUAAAAGCAAAGAGAAGAAAAAGGCACCCAAAGGACUGAAUAUGCCAGGGAAGGUGAGUAAAAACAUUUUUAGCACCGGGCUUUGGGUUUGUUUCAGUCGAAUAAGCUUAAACAGAUAAACUUUAAUCCGUUAUAUCAUACGCCUGGUAAUGUUUUGUCCAGUACCCAUUGUACAGGUUGCUAGUUUCAACCAUGUCCUCACAGUAAAUUCCCGGAAUGAAGCACGCUAGAUUUUAACAGGCAAAAUGGAGAGCUUAAAAGUUUCUUCUACCAACUGAACGACAACUACGAAAUGCUCUCUUGAAGUGUAAAUCUUCCAUCAAAUUUGCUUUAUAAAGUUCUCGGAACUAGUGUUAAAGACUUAGGUAGGCGCACAUCGGCCUUGGGGUAGACACAACUGGAUCUCCCUGAUAUUCCCUUAAAACUUAUUUUGUAUUUUGAGACUACACUACUUAAAACUUUUUUUCCCAAAAUACAUUUUUAGGCAAAAGUUAUGAAAGAGAUGAAGUCUGUGCCGAACUUAAUAUAUGCAAUGGAACAAUAUGAGCGUUACCUUAUACAGCUCUCAAAAAAGUCUAAGGUGAGAAAGGAUUAGCCCUUUACACCCUAACAUCAGUGAAGGUAUUCUCCCUGUUCCCCAGACAUUCCCCAAGGUGCUGACAAGGAGAAUUUGUGUAACAAUCAACAGCUUUAGCUGCUGAUAAUUUUCUUUAUUCUCAUGACCUUACUGCAUUAUGUGAUGUUGAUAUUGUGAGGAGAAAUUAGAUGGUAAUCACUCUUAGGGGUUAAAGGGUUAACUACUGGUCUCUCGAUCAGGGUCUCCAUCCGUGAGCUCAAGGGUGGUGUCUCUUGACAAUUUUCAGAACUGUAGUCAAAACUUUGGAUGUCUUGUACUUAUAACCUAAACGAAUUCCUGCAUAGGAUUAAAUUCUUUAAGAUGUUACUAAGAUGUGGCCCUUUUCUGCACUUUCGUUCAUGAUUCCAAGUAGUAAAUAGUGCAAACGAGCUUUGUUAUUGGAAAAUUCCGUUGUUAAAUCGUCAUAUAUGAGUUAUUAGGUUUCUUAACCUUGUUUUUAAACUCUCGUAGAUCAAUCUGAUGGAACACUUUAAACGCAGUUUGGCACGAGACUUUAGAAUAAAUGGUGCAACAUUAGAAGCUGCUCUGAAAGAAGAUUCAAGCAGUGAAGGUGAAGAUGACGAGGGCGAGGAAGAGGAUCAAGAAGAGGUUAAUGGUUUAAGUGCACUUUGUCCUGUCAUUGUAAAUUAUAAAUUGUAUUUUUCGCCACGCGUUUAGUGUAUAUUUCUUUGGUGGCUUCAUCUACUGGAAGCAUUUAGUGAACUCUACUAAAUACAUGUAGGUAUAAAAAUCGAAAAUCACUGAAGUUCCUACAAAAAUAUUGCCGCAUGUCUAUCAGCUUUUAUUUAAUACUUUAAAAACUUUUAAAAUGCCUUAAGAUAUGGGCCUAUUUUAUCCAACAAUUUUAUAAUAGUUUCACUUUUGGUGGUGUUACCUGACCGUUAAGUUAUAGCUUGUCACUAUUCGUCUUUACUACAGGAUAAAUCUGAAGAAGAAAAUAAAGAACCUCAAGCGAAAAAGAAGAAAGUGAUGGAAACAAAUAAGAAAACAGGCAAACUAAGUUUAAAACAGAAAUCAUCAAACAAGCCAUUGUCUCAAGAGAACAAACAUAAUUAAACACCACUCUUACAUGCAACUGGAUAAGUGACAAAUAGGUGAUCUUACGCUGCCUAAAUCUAAAUAAGUGUUUGGAAACAAUUAUACUGUAUUUUCUGCAAUUAUUUUGGUAGAAAAUUGUUUCUCUUUCCAACGCAGCAUCCGUCCCUUUUGAAACAGCUUGGGCGCUGUUAAUAAUCGUUACCAUUUCUUUUUGAAACAACAUUUGGAAAUGUACAACCCAAUGAAUAACUUCCGCAUGGGCCAUUCCUCUUUGGGGGUUUGCUUAUUUAUUGCUGGAGAACUUACGUAGUUUGAAAAGAUUCACUGUUGACUCGAGUAAACCAAGUCGGCCACCUGUGUAGUCUGUUGCAGCCAAAAUUUCCGAGACUGAAUUGACAGAGUCCCUUGUCCCAUCUGAUAGUUCUACCCAUCUGAUGAACUAAGGCCACAGCCGUAACUGCAAGCUGCUGUGAAAGCCUGUACAUUUUUAUUUUAAUUUUCAUAUAUAUCAAGGGGUUUAAUCCCCAUAUGAGGAAAAAAGGGUUGUACCAUUCAAACUUAGUCCACAGUUUAUUUUGUUCCUUGCAACAAUUACUGAAGAGACGUUACAAAUAAUAAGUCAAACUGUUAACCACCUUUUUGAAAAGAUUGAAAGAAAAUGAAAAUCACAAUAGGCGUUGCAUAUUUUAUAUUUGCGUGUUUGACCUCUACAUCCAUGUCCAUUGUGUUUUGUUUCUAAUUUGUCCCAAAGAAGUUAGGAGGGAUAGUUAAAACAGGACUUUUAAUCCACUUAACUCAAGAUA